UCUCCUCUCCUCUCCUCGCCCGGCGGCCGCCGCUGCCCGAGAUGGUGGCCGUGCUGCUGGCCGGCGGCAGCGGGGCCCGCGUGGGGACCGUGCCGGGCGCCUGGCUGUGCUUGAUGGCGUUGCUGCAGCUGCUGGGAUCGGCGCCGCGGGGCUCCGGGCUGGCGCACGGCCGCCGCCUCAUCUGCUGGCAGGCGCUGCUGCAGUGCCAGGGGGAGCCGGAGUGCAGCUACGCCUACAACCAGUACGCCGAGGCGUGCGCGCCGGUGCUGGCGCAGCGCGGCGGGGGGGUCAUGGGCUGCGUGGAGGCCCGGCGACGCUGCGAGCGCGACAGCCGCUGCAACCUGGCGCUCAACCGCUACCUGACCUACUGCGGCAAGCUCUUCAACGGGCUGCGCUGCACGGACGAGUGCCGCACGGUCAUCGAGGACAUGCUGGCCGUGCCCAAGGCGGCGCUGCUCAACGACUGCGUGUGCGACGGCCUGGAGCGGCCCAUCUGUGAGUCGGUCAAGGAGAACAUGGCCCGCUUGUGCUUCGGCGCCGAUCUGGGCAACGGCCCCGGCAGCAGCGGCUCGGACGGGGGCUUGGACGACUACUACGACGAAGAGUACGACGAGGAGCCUCGCCUCGGCGGGGCGGGCAGCGAACAGCCGCUGGACGACGACGACGGAGUCCCGCACGCCCCGCGCCCGGGCGGCGGCGCUGCUGCGGCGGCGGCGGGUGGCCGCGGGGAGCCGCCCUACGGGCCCGGGCGCCGAAGCGUCAGCGGAGGCGGCGGCCGCGCGGUGUCCCGAGGCGCCGGGACCCCGCUCGCCUCCAUCUUGCUGCUGCUGCUCGGGCGGCUGGUUUAGACUUGGGCGCCCCACCGUUAGCUGCGGGAGAGCCCCCGCGUCCCGCUUCCCCGCUCGCUCUCUCCAGCUGCGGGACGGAGUGGGAUGGUGGGGCAACUGUUACCCCCCCACCCCAUCUUUUGCCAGGUCGACUCGGCCUAGCCGGUCGACCGGCCAGGACGCUAGGCACUUAGGCGUCUGCUCUCUCCAAGCAUGACUUCUUGGACCUCGCCCCUCGCCCCUCGCAUUUUUACCAAGUGGCCCGUUCUGCCGAAGCCAGCACACGAGGAAACACGCUUAGGACACAACCGGUGUGUCCGGGACUUGGGACGGUCCCCAUAGGGUCUUAACAGUUCCAAGGAACUGGGUUUGAAACCGGGAAGGUGGGACUAGGGUGAAGAAGGAAUGGUCUUGGCAAAGGGGUCUGACCGUUUGUUAGCAUUUUUUCCCCCUGCAAUAGUGGAGGGAAAUAGUGACGGUAUCGACUUUUAUUGCUUGUGGCCAUUGAGGACAAAACAAUCGUAAGUAAAUAGAAAAGUCCCACGUUCGUUGUUACCACUCUGAGUUGUUUUUUUUUAAAGCAUGUUUCUUGGGAUUAAGGGCCCAAAAAUGGUUGAUCUAAAGAGUUACUAUGAUGUUAAACAAUGCAAUUUUUUUAAUUUUAAAAAGCUCUGUACUGCCAUCUAUGAAAGCCUCUUUAAGGUGUUUAUUUUGUUGCCAUUUUCAUUGUUUGCAUCAAGAAAUUACACGUUCAAGUAUGCAGAGCUUGUAUAUUGCCUCUGCUCCUAUCAGGGUGUUAAACCCUGGUAUAUCCUAUAUAAAGUGUGUUAAAACUGGGGUUUGUUACCAGUUGCUAUAUUUUGUAUAUAGAAUUUUUAUAAAUUGUAUGCUUCAGAAAAUAAUUUAUUUUUAAAAGAAAUUAAAAGUUUUAAAAGUGUAUGUUACACCCUCACUCCCCCCCCCAAUUUUCACCAAGGAUCCAAACCCACAGUCCAUUUUGAAGUAUGCUCCAUUUAGAACCAUCCUAAAAUGUACAGUGUAUUUUAUAGAUUUGAAGUAACAUCCUUAUUUUCCAGAGAAUUUAUGGACAUUGUAGAAAUGUAUAAACGCAUUUCCAAACUGCCUUAAACCUUGUAUUUUUAUAGACAUCAUUUUUUAAAGUCCUGUGUUUUAAAUAACUAUGGCUUUGCGUAUUUUUUGUUACUUGUUUUAUUAAAAAUGUGUACAUCAGUAAAGAGUUUAAACAGUGA